AUCAACAUUUGAAAUUGAUGGUUAACCGAAGAAGCGAUCAAUUGAACCGGAACCGGGUUGAGCUUAUAUAGAUAGACUGGUUUGCUUAUGGACUGAGUAGUCAGUUUUACUGAGUCUCUCCUUCCGUUAGCUUCUUCUUCCUCUAGAUCUGAUCGCGAUUUUCGCCGGAAGAGGUCUCUUUAUCUAUGGGUCGUGGAAACAGCUGUGGUGGAGGUCAAAGCUCACUCAAUUAUCUCUUCGGUGGUGGUGGUGAUGCUCCUCCUCCUAAGCCCGCUCCAGCUCCUUCUGCUCCACCAGCACAAGCACCUGUAGCUGUGACUGCAACUGCUCUCACCACCGCUACUACCAGCGUUGAGCCUGCAGAGGUCAACAAGCAGAUACCUGCUGGUAUCAAAACUCCUGUUAACAACUAUGCUCGAGCUGAAGGGCAAAACACUGGAAACUUCCUCACUGACCGUCCUUCGACCAAAGUCCAUGCAGCUCCUGGAGGUGGAUCAUCCUUGGAUUAUCUUUUCACUGGUGGCAAGUAAAGUAUAAAAAAAAACAUUAUGUGUAAUGCAAAUGCGUAUCCAUUGUCUCCUUGUUGCAUUCGCACACUAUAAAAACUGUUUGAUGUGAGCCCAGCCUUUAAUGAUAAGAAGUCGGUUUCUUGUCAA